AUGAACGCUAAACCCGAACAGCUUCAAGCGCGAGGCGGUGCUUUGCUGACUCCUCGAAGCUCAACCGCGCCGGGUGCUUUCCUUGCGGCAUCGGCUGGCGUGCGCCUCUUGGUUGGCGGGUGGACAACUCGUGGAGGCACCUGUCGUCAGCGCAGUACGCGUCGUACCCCGGCCCGAUGGGUCUGCAUGGACCAGGGUGCUGCACCCGUGGGCACGAGGAAGAGCAUCCAGGCGCUGGAGAACGCGCUCCAACCUACGGCGUUCCACCGACGCGUCACCAUUUUGGGAAGCACCGGGAGCAUUGGAACGCAAACCCUGGAUAUUGUGCGCUCUUGUCCGGACAAGUUUUCUGUCGUAGCGUUGGCGGCGAACGGUUCAAACGUAGAGCUUCUCGCGGAGCAGACGCACGAGUUUUCGCCCGAACUUGUCGCUAUACGUGAUACUGCCCGCCUCGAGACCUAUCGGGAGGCGCUGCGGCAGCGUGGCGUCCCGGAACCGCCGCACAUUGUUGCUGGCGAAGACGGUGUCGUCGAGUGUGCGCGAUACGGUGACGCAGAUGUCGUUGUCACUGGGCUUGUUGGAUGUGCGGGUCUCUUGCCCACAGUUGCUGCGAUCAAGGCCCGAAAAGACAUUGCGCUGGCGAACAAGGAAACACUGAUCGCGGGCGGCCCCGUGGUCGUGCCCCUAGUUCACGAGUACGGCAUUCAUCUGACUCCAGCCGACUCAGAGCACUCUGCGUUGUUCCAGUGUCUUCAGGGUGCGCCAGAUGGCGCGCUUCGGCGCAUCAUUCUCACGGCGUCUGGUGGUGCAUUUCGCGACUGGGAUGUUUCGCGCUUAGCGCAUGUGACUGCUGCAGAUGCGCUCAAGCAUCCGAACUGGAACAUGGGUCCGAAAAUCACUUGCGAUUCGGCGACGCUCAUGAACAAGGGUCUGGAGGUUAUUGAAGCGCAUUUUCUCUUUGGCAUCGAUUACGACGCCAUCGAAAUUGUCAUCCAUCCCCAGUCGAUCAUUCAUUCGGCAGUCGAGUUUCAGGAUACGAGCGUUCUCGCUCAACUCGGAUGGCCAGAUAUGCGUCUUCCACUGUUGUACGCGCUGUCCUGGCCUCAUCGGCUUCGGAUUGAGACGUUUCGCCCACUGGAUCUCGUUCAAGUGGGAAGUCUAACUUUUCGCGCGCCUGACCACGACAAGUAUCCAUGCAUGCUUCUCGCGUACGCUGCGGGACGCCGUGGCGGUACCAUGCCGGCGGUGCUGAACGCGGCGAACGAGGUCGCGGUGGAGCUUUUCCUGCGUAACGAACUGGAGUUUAUGGGGAUUCCCGCGGUCAUCGAGCGCACCAUGCAGCGGCAUGACACAAGCGACUGGAAACAAACACCUACUUUGGAUGAUCUCAUUGCUGCAGAUGCUUGGGCGCGUCGCACGGCACGAGAGGAGGCCGCGAAGCGCCCGAUCUACCCCGCCGGGGCUAACCUGGAGACGCAAAAGACGUAG